AUGGGGACCGUCCUCUCUAUAUCUCCCGCGUCGAAGAAGGCGUCGAUCAUGGACGCGGAGGUCGGAGGAGACGCGCUGAAAAACGACAAGAGCCUCAAGCGCCACUCCAUGUUCGUGUCCCUCUCCUGGAAGAAGCUGGUGGCCAAUUCGGCCAAGAAGAGCGCAAAGAAAGUCACCCCGAACCCGCUGCCCGCCCGCGAGCUGCCGUCCAGCCAGGUGGCGCAGCUCAACAGCGAAAACAUCCGGAAGACGCACCAAACCGAGGAGAAGAAGCCCAAAGCGCCCAUCCCGGUGCCGGUGCCCACGGUGCCCACGCAGACCAUCGAGCCCGUCGUGCAGAACGGGAGGCUCUCCUCGGUGCAGAAGCAGCCCAGCAGCCUGUCGCUGGUGUCGCCCCGACGGAUAGUCAUCCAGGCGUCCACCGGGGAGCUGCUGCGCUGUUUGGGGGACUUCAUGUGCCGCAGGUGUUUUAAACUGAAGGAGCUCAACAGCGGGGAGGUGAUCCUGUGGUUCCGGAACAUCGAUCGGACUCUUUUGCUGCAGGGCUGGCAGGACCAGGGCUUCAUCACGCCGGCCAACGUGGUGUUCGUGUACCUGCUGUGCGAAGACACGAUAGCGGACAGCAUCGACAGCCCGGCCGAGCUGCAGGGCACCUUUCAGACUUGCCUCUACCUCGCCUACUCCUACAUGGGCAACGAGAUCUCCUACCCGCUCAAGCCGUUCAUGAUCGAGGCGAACAAGGACGUUUUCUGGGAGACGUCGCUCCGGAUCAUCAACAGGAUGAGUGCCAAAAUGCUCCAGCUCAACGCGGACCCGCACUUUUUCACCGAGGUCUUCCAGGACCUGAAAAACCAGCGCGAAACCAACGAGUCCAACCUGGACCGCUGA